AUGAAAUCAGUCUGUCGCUCUGCAUUGGCCUUGGUGGCCGUCUUUGGCCUUUGCUCUCAUGUCGAGGGAGCUGCUCAACAUGGUAUGCUUAAGCGAAGGAUGGACCAUCUCGAGCAUUCCGCAACAGAAACUCUAGGGCUAGAUAGACGCGAGGAAGCACCCGCCACUGCAGUCACGGGUGAUCCCGCUCUGGUUGGAACUAAACACGCAGGCUCUGAGGCGACUGUUGUUGGAACCUCCACUUCCGAGCCUCCUGCUUCUAAGCCUGCCGAACCGGAGUACGAUUCUGAAGAUGGUGACAGUCCAGAAGAUUUGAAAAGGGACGAACUCAUAGACAAUUCCCCAGCUGGUAAAGCAGCUCGUGAUCUUUAUGACUUGAUGGUUGACAUGGGUGCCACAUUAGAAAGUAUCACCAGCCUUGGAGCAAAGGAGUCAGACAUUAUCAGCGGUGUUGACACAGUAAUAAAGAUGCUACCAAAAGGAGAACAACUGCGAACCGAUAUGCUCAAAGACGUUGAAAAGAAGGAUGGCGAGAUCGCUUCGGCUUUGAAAAAUUCGACAGACGCUACUCAAACUAUGCAGAAAUCUCUGGAGGAAAUCAAGGCGAAGCCCAGUGAUGUGACUGUCAUGAAGAAGAAUUACGAUUCUUUGGAUGCAAGCUAUCGCACGCUCUUCGCGAUGAGUGAUGGCCUCGCAGCUGAGGCAUUUGCGGCCAUUGCAGCCAGUCUAGACAAAUCAAAACCUUCCGAAGGCGCGCCCCAAGGUGACAACAAACCAUCAGGGGACGGUAAAGCUCCAAACAACGAUAAACCUGAUGGAGAAGCAAAAACUGAUGGAGAAGCAAAAACUGAUGGAGAAGCAAAAACUGAUGGAGAAGCCAAACCUGAUGGAGAAGCCAAACCUGAUGGCGAGAAGGCUUCCCCAAGUGUGGAAACCACAAAACCUGAUGGAGAAGCCCUAGUUGGAUAA